UUUUUGUGCUUUCUUUCCCCUCUUUCCCAACAACAACAGAAAAACAGAGAGACAGAAAACAGAAAACAGAAACCAGAAAUUAAGCCACCCUUCUUUAAUUUCCUCUUUCUCUCUCUCUCCCUCUCCCUCUCUCUCUAAGGACAAGACACCCAAGCAAGAAGCUUUGAACUUUGUCUCAAAAAAAUGGGGACUUUGAUCGGGCAUGUUGCUCCAGGCUUUGGCUUCUUCAUGAUUGGAUUAUGGCACCUCUUCAACCACAUCAAGCUCUAUGCUCAGCACCCAAAUUCCUACACCUCUCCCCCAUGGUUUCCCACCUCAAGAUCCAAAUACUUGGAGCUUUUUUUAAUCAUUGGAGGCUGCUGUGCCUCCAUAGCCAUGGAGCUCUUCAUCGGCCCGGACCGGCACCAACCGCUUGACCCGGAUGGAACCAUCCCCUCCAACCAUCUCCACAACUUCGAACACUCCUCCAUCUCAAUGACUUUCCUGGUCUACGCCGCUUUUGCCAUUGUUCUUGACAAAAUCGGCGCCAAAGCUAAACAGGGGUUGACCCAAUUGCUCGGCGCCAUAGCCUUUGCUCAGCAGCUUCUUCUUUUUCACCUCCACUCGGCUGACCACAAGGGCCCGGAAGGCCAAUACCACUUGCUUCUGCAAAUUGUUGUUUUUGUUUCUUUAGCCACCACUCUCAUGGGAAUUUCUCUCCCCAAGAGCUUCUUGGUCAGCUUUGUAAGAUCUGUCAGCAUAUUAUUUCAGGGUCUUUGGUUUAUGGUGAUGGGUUUCAUGCUUUGGACGCCUGGAUUGAUUCCCAAAGGCUGCCUCAUGCACCUUGAAGUGGGUCACAAAGUGGUCAGGUGCUCUGGAGACGAAUCUCUUCAUCGCGCUAUGUCUUUGGUAAACAUUCUGUUCAGCUGGCUCUUGAUUGCAGUCACCAUUUCUGCAGUUUGCUUCUUCUUGGUUUUGGAUAAAGGUUUUGGCGAAAAGGUUGCGUAUGUUUCAUUGAGAAGGGAAGAAGAUAAUCCUGAUGAUGUUGAGUCCCAAAAAAGCAGCAAGCUUGGCAAUUCAAAAAGCUUUAUUCAAAUGGGAAAGGCGGCCUUUUCACCCAUUGACAUGGAAAGGUAGAUGGUGGAAAUAACAAAAGGAAAGGCAAAAGAUUGAUGUGGUUAGGAAUGUGUACAAAAGUAUUAGGUUGGUGGGAUCGCUCUUUAUUUAAUUAAUUAAUUAAGCCAGCAGUAAUCUUCUGGCUUAAUGAAGAAAAAAAAAAAAAAAAAAAACUUUGGGGGAAAAUGCUUGUGGGGUAGAUGGAAAAUGGUGUCAAAUUGUUUGGUUUGCAUUGAUGGCUUUUAGCUUAGGGGUGAGUCCUUUUGUGUUUGUGUGUAUAGAUAAAGUAAAAGGAGGGGAGUUGUUUAUAGUAUCUUCAAAGCACCAACUUGUGUAAAUCUUAAUUCUUGGUUUGAUAUAAUGUAUUAAGCUUGUGGU